AUUUCCUCAAUAGUCAAGUUCGUGCGCUCUCUUCUAUUGUCUUCGGAAUCCAAUCCACCAAAUCGGCGACGACGCCUUCCGUUUUGUUGCUGCUCCGUCUGGAAAUCAUAGAUCCGCGGCGGAACCACCGUAUUCGGUAACCUUCUAUUGAUCUUCCGAAUCUCGUUGUGGCUAAAGUGGAUCGGAGAUGCCGGUGGCCGCUUCCGCCAUAUACUUCCUGAACCUCCGCGGAGACGUUCUCAUCAACCGCCUCUAUCGCGACGAUGUUGGGGGAAAUAUGGUGGAUGCUUUCCGGACGCAUAUUAUGCAAACCAAGGAACUUGGUACCUGUCCUGUGAGGCAAAUUGGUAGCUGCUCUUUCUUUUACAUGAGGAUUAGCAAUGUCUACAUUGUCAUUGUCGUCAGCAACAACGCCAACGUAGCUUGCGCUUUCAAGUUUGUUGUUGAGGCUGUUGCACUGUUUAAAUCAUAUUUUGGUGGAGCUUUUGAUGAGGAUGCAAUUCGCAAUAACUUUGUACUCAUUUAUGAGCUUCUAGAUGAAAUUAUGGACUUUGGUUACCCACAAAAUCUUUCACCAGAGAUCUUGAAGCUUUAUAUCACCCAGGAAGGAGUGCGUUCCCCAUUUUCAUCCAAGGCCACAGAUAGACCUGUUCCAAAUGCGACCUUACAAGUUACUGGUGCUGUUGGUUGGCGGAGAGAAGGCCUUGUCUACAAAAAGAAUGAGGUCUUCCUGGAUAUUGUAGAAAGCGUAAAUCUUCUUAUGUCUUCAAAAGGUAGUGUUCUGCGCUGUGAUGUCACCGGAAAGAUCCUUAUGAAGUGCUUUCUUUCUGGAAUGCCUGAUUUAAAGUUGGGUUUGAAUGACAAGAUUGGUCUUGAGAAAGAAUCACAACUUAAAUCCCGUCCUACGAAGAGUGGUAAAACUAUCGAGCUUGAUGACGUCACUUUCCAUCAAUGUGUAAAUUUGACAAGGUUCAACUCAGAGAAGACUGUUAGUUUCGUACCACCUGACGGUGAAUUUGAGCUAAUGAAGUAUCGUAUCACUGAGGGAGUUAAUCUUCCCUUCAAAGUAUUGCCAACCAUCAAGGAACUUGGUCGAUCACGGAUGGAAGUGAACGUGAAGGUAAAGAGUGUUUUUGGUGCUAAAAUGUUCGCUCUUGGGGUUGUAGUCAAAAUUCCUGUGCCAAAACAAACAGCAAAAACUAGUUUCACAGUUACAUCGGGCCGAGCGAAAUACAAUGCAUCAAUUGAUAGUUUGGUUUGGAAGAUUAAAAAAUUCCCGGGGCAAACUGAGUCAACCUUGAGCGCAGAAGUUGAACUUAUUUCCACGAUAACAGAAAAGAAAUCUUGGACUAGACCACCAAUUCAGAUGGAGUUUCAGGUUCCCAUGUUCACAGCAUCUGGUUUACGUGUCCGUUUUCUCAAGGUGUGGGAGAAGAGUGGGUACAAUACCGUCGAGUGGGUUCGUUAUAUUACAAAAGCAGGAUCAUACGAGAUUAGGUGCUAGACACAUCGGGUUUGCUGGAUUGAGAUUGAAGAAAAUCCCAAAUAAUUAAAGUUGCAGUUGAAGAUUUGCAUAGGAGUUUCUUAUUCAUAAAACGAAAGGUUUAAGUGUUACUCAUCGGAUAGUGUGCUGUCAAUAUGAUUCUUUGCAUGAAAAAUCAGUUUAAUAUUUUUGUUGCGAAGGCCAGCUUGUUAUCGGAACCUUAAAUUGAUUAUCUUUCUCUUGUACACUUUGUGUUUUGUUCUGAUCUUUUCUUAUACAUAAUUUGUUGUAAUGAUAAUGUUUAUUGC